AUGAUAACUUCACUUUCGCUUAGCUGUACCGCGGAAGAGCUACAACUGGAUGGAGUAAGCGCAUGUUGCGCGCUCUCAAUCAAUAUCCAUAAACGCGCCACCGACAUUGCAAUGGCUUCAAAACAUGCACAAAUUCAUCUAUCCACGUCCACCGAUGUCUUCGUUUUUUGCAUAAAUGAGCUUUUGGCAAUGUGUUUUUUUCAGCUUCUGAAGAACAGCAAAAUGGAGCCGGGUUAUGUGCUCGCCAACCGUCUGCUGAUCUUCUUUCCGGCAGCUCUGCCAUUUCUGGCCUCUCCAGAAUCAUCCAUUUAUGUAGCGUUAUGGAAUGUGGCCAAAGAAUCGUGGCAUCAUGCGUUAAAGUUAUGUGAAACUACAAGCUCUGUCAAGAAUUCCACGUCAUCGGAUUCCUGCGGUAUACUUUUUCAUUUUUGA